UGCGCAGCGGGUGCGGAGGGCGGGAGCCCGGCGGCGGUUCGGGGGGCACUGAGAGGCUGCAGGGGGGUUUUGGCCAAAUUGGGCGAGGGCACAAAAUAACCACUUACCCCUUCUCACCGAGGAAGAACGGGAGAAAGGGUAUGGCACAGUCACAAGGCUGGGUGAGGAGGUAUGCCAAGGCCUUCUUUAAGGGCUUUUUUGUGGCGGUGCCCGUGGCCGUGACUUUCCUGGACCGGGUGGCCUGUGUGGCAAGAGUGGAGGGAGCAUCAAUGCAGCCUUCUUUGAAUCCUGGGGGGAGUCAAUCAUCUGAUGUGGUGCUUUUGAACCAUUGGAAAAUGAGGAAUUUUGAAGUACAACGUGGUGACAUUGUGUCAUUGGUAACCAUCGGCCACAAAAACCGGUAUGUCAAAGUUCCCCGGGGUCACAUCUGGGUUGAAGGUGAUCAUCAUGGACACAGUUUUGACAGUAAUUCUUUUGGGCCGGUAAGUCAUGUUGUUGCAUGCUAAUAAUUGGAUGCGUGUAGGAACAAAAUUAUGUCAGGUGGGUUAUUCAGGUAAUCCAGCCAAGAAUGA